UUAGUGACGAUCUAUCGCUCGAAGUCGACCCCACGAGGUUUGUUUUAGUUCAAGUAUACGCGCGCGAAGUCGGAGUUGGGAAAUGUGCCACGCCAGAAUGCACUGUUUACUCGAGGGCCUCAUCGUCUUCGAACUGUUGUGCUUGUCCUUAGGUGCAUCCUCCACCGGGGCUACUUCCAACGCGGUGGUGGAGGAGCCCGAAUUCACAGACGUAAUUGAGAAUAUCACAGUUGCCGCAGGGCGAAACGUCAGAUUUGCCUGUUCAGUCAAGAAUCUAGGGACUUACAAGGUCGCUUGGAUGCACUUCGAACAAUCAGCAAUUUUAACAGUGCACAAUCAUGUCAUAACGAGGAAUCCACGUAUCAGCGUGACCCACGACAAGCACAGGACGUGGUUCUUACAUAUAAGCAACGUCCAGGAGGAGGACAAAGGCCGCUACAUGUGUCAAAUCAAUACCGUCACUGCCAAAACUCAACUUGGGUACCUGCAUGUUGUUGUGCCCCCCAAUAUAGACGACUCUUUGAGCAGCAGCGACGUAAUCGUUAGGGAAGGGUCGAACGAAACGUUAACUUGCAAAGCCACCGGAUUUCCCACACCUAGCGUUAAAUGGAAGAGAGACGAUAAUUCCAAAAUUACCAUAAACAAGACACUCCAAGUCGUCGAGUGGGAAGGGGAAAAACUGGAAUUGACAAAAAUUUCAAGGUUGGACAUGGGAGCCUACCUGUGCAUAGCCAGCAAUGGGAUACCCCCUACUGUGAGCAAAAGGAUCAAAAUCAGUGUUGACUUUCCGCCAAUGUUGUGGAUUCCCCACCAGCUCGUGGGCGCCCCCCUGGCGUACUCCGUAACCCUAGAGUGCUUCACCGAGGCGCACCCCAGCUCCCUCAAUUACUGGACCCGCGAAGACGGCCAGAUGAUCCACGAAAGUAAAAAAUACCAUGCGGAAAAUAUAAUUGGCAACCCCUCGUACAAGACUCACAUGCGCCUCACAGUCAACAACAUACAACAGGACGACUACGGAACGUACAAGUGUGUGGCCAAGAACCCUAGGGGGGAGACUGACGGCACGAUUCGCCUGUACACUUCAUCACCUCCGACAACGUCUCCAAGGCCUACUACUACGGAAACUCCCACCCACUUGAAGGAUAUGUGGGGCAGUGGCGACCUCAACAAUUCUGUUUAUGGGAAUCCAUCGUCCCUCACAAUCCAUCGUGCUGACAAAGGUUCGAAAUAUCAGUCAAACCUGAAUGAAAUCGACAAAUCCGAACAAAAAUCAAGUUCUGAGGCUGACAGCAAAGGCAGCAUAUUCGGGAUCGCUUCGGAUAGCUCUGGAGAGUCAUUUUCAAGUAGCUUCCAUGGCGUCAAGAUCUUCCUUCUAACCCAAAUCAUCUUGCUUAGGGCACUGCGGUGAACGGCUUGAACCAACUGUAGUUUUAAUUCUAGUGCCAAACGACCUCAGUGCCAAAUUACACAGUUCCUGUCAACUUGCAGACGAGCACUCUAAAUUUCCAUAGUUGAUUUGUCUUUAACGAGUAUUUUUUUAAAUCAGUAGUAUGCCGAAAUUGGAUACUAUAUAUGUAGCUUUUAUAGCGUCCAAAUGUUUCUGUAUGUACAAUCUAUAUAAAUGUAAAACUUGUAUAUAUAUAAAUGCAGAAUUAAAUUUAUGUACACCUCAAAUUUAGUGGAUAUUAACAGUACAAAACAAAUGGAAAUAGAAUAAAAUAUCUUAUUUACCCCCGUUUUGGUUAUUAAGAUACCUUUGCAAGUUUUAUUGCGCGUAGAGCUUUUGAAUUGGACUGGCAUCUGCUACUGAAAUCUUAUGUAUUCAUGGAUGAUGUACUUUUCUAUUCUUGUUAGGGAUGAAAUCGAAUUCAAUGAUAAAUUUUGCAUGGCAGCUCGCGUGAUGGAUAGAAACAACAUCGUCCCUCUUUUUUCAUCCUUCAAUAUUAAAAUUUUACUCUCCGCAUACACGCAUAGACAUACAGAGUGGUUAAUAUCGACCACACGUGGAAUUCGUAUUCUUAUUAAAAAAAAAGAAAAACUUGCAAUAUUUAGAACCAUUUAGCAUAUCUAUUAUAUCAGUAAAUGUCUGUAGUCUAGAUAAUAGGUUUUGUUAAAUAAUCUUUUACGCAAAGAUGUUGUUCAGGAAGCAUUAAAAUACAGGGUAUUAGAGUUUUUAGUGCCGGUAAGUUUUCACUUGUUUAUUCUAUUUUCAAUUGUUUUAGUCUCUAGAAUAAACGCUUGCAGUUAUCGAAACAUUGUUAAAAUUUAGUUCCGUUGAUAUUUUCAUAAUCUCAUAGAACGUUGUUUUAACAGAAAUAAAUAAUUUAUUGAAGUUGCUUUUAAUGUAAUGUAAUUUUCAUAAGCAAUUUUAAUAAAUUAUUGUAAUUAGGACUUUUCUAUGUAUUCGCCAUUUGACUAUAAAUAAUGAGAACCGAGGUAAUUCAAUUAAAGCAUAUGUGAACUAUGUAUUGAAAUGUACAUA